GCUAAUUUGUGAAAAGAACAGAAAAACCCAUUCUUUCUUCUUCAAACGCAAACGCUGUGGUGUUCGGUGGGUCGCUGAAACUGGUAUGAUCGAUCUAUGCGAUAAUCUCUUCUGUUGGCUACGGUUCUGAUGAAGGAGUGUAUGCUUGGGUUGUUGCUAAUUAUGCACUGGGAACUCUGGGAGGUGAUCCUUCAGAGACAACUGGGAUUAUCGAGCUUGGUGGUGCUUCUGCUCAGAAUGUUGCUCAUGACUCAUGGAGAGAAGCAAUUAUAUCAGGAGAUUUAAACUUGGUUUUCAUUGUACACUACUGACAACACAAGAAGAGUUGAGUAAAUAACUAAGGGAAAACAGAAUAUGUAUACACUCGUAUAAAAGAGUCUUCAAGACAUGCUUUGGAGGUUUUAUCUGAAGAUUUGCCUGCUACUAUUGCUAAAAUUUCAUUUCCAAAGACAAUGCGUUGGAAUUCACAGUGGAAAUUCGUCUUGUGGCCUUCGUAAUACUACUUCAGCUGUUGUCCAGAUAGAAAACGCUGAAUCUUAUCCAGCUGCAAUGAGAAAGGCUGGAGUCAAUGUUGUAGUUGAGGACCGUAAGAAAAAAAUUGUCGAGCAAUCUAAUACAUUAGCCGAAAGUGUAAAUGGCCAAAUUCUGAUUCCGAAAGGUUUGCUUGACAAGGUUAUAAAUCUUGUUGAGGCACCUAUUCCAGUGCUUGGAAAGUUUAAAGAAACCUUCUUAGAUCUUCCAAAGGAUCUUUUGACUAUGGUUAUGCGAAAGCACCAGAAAUAUUUUGCUAUAUGUGAUACUAAUGGACAAUUGCUGCCCUACUUUAUUGCUGUUGCAAAUGGAGCAAUUGAUGAAGCUACAGUGAGGAAAGGAAAUGAAGCUGUGCUCAGGGCUCGCUAUGAAGAUGCUAAGUUCUUUUAUGAGUUGGACACUCAUAAAAUGUUUUCAGAAUUCCGAAAGCAACAGGAAAAUAUGCUCUUUCAUGUAAGUUGUAUAUUGAAGUUCUAAAUAAAUGCUGGAUGAUAGCUUUUAUUCUUUACUAGGUUUUUUUUUUUUUUUUUAAUUCUUUUCUAAUUUUAUUUUCUUGUAAAUGAGGCAAAAAUACUUUCUCAUGUUGAGGUUGAAAAUAAAAUAAGGGGAAAAG